AUGGUCGAUACAGGGUCCCCCGGUCAGAACCAGUCGCAACCUAUCGCGCACCAGGGCAGGACCUAUCAGUCCUACCCAGGCUCGAACUAUGUCCUGCCUUCCGACGCACCCGAGAGAGAGAGGCUCUCCCUUCAGCACCGAUUGCUGAAAAGCGUGUUCGAGGACCGAGUGAUCCUCCCACCUGUCAUUAUAUCGCCAGAAGACUCUGUGCUGGACAGUGGGACCGGCUCAGGUACUUGGUUGCUCGACGCGAUCGAGUCGAUACCUGCGCCCACCGCCGUACACGCCGUCGAUAUCGAGUCUCGCCUUUGGCCCGUGAACGACCCCCGCGUCGUCGCACGAGGGAACGUCGAUUUCCACGUCGGAAGCAUCACCUCCCUCCCGGAGGACUGGACCGCCCGUUUUAAGCUCGUCCACCAGAGGCUGCUCGUCGCGGCGCUGCGCUCGCCGGAGUGGGUUCAGGCGCUCAGAGAGAUCUUCCGGGUGCUGCAGCCUGGCGGAUGGGUGCAGCUCGGCGAGGUCGGGCCCUGGAAGGCGGGCCCGGCGACGGAGAGACAUACCGCGCUGCUGCUGGCGCUCUUCCGCGACAAGGACCUCGUGCUCGACUGCGCCACACACAUCCCUGAUGUGCUCCGCGAGGUUGGUUUCACCGACGUUUUUGUCGAGGAGCGGACGAUGCCGAUGGGCCGCUGGGCAGGGCAGCCGGGGAUCGACGCGCGGAACAACUUCCUUGGUGUGUUCAGGGGCAUGAAGACUCCCAUUCUCAAUGGCGGAGGAUAUGGCUUUGUUGCUUCUGAGACGGAAUUCGACGCCCUCCUCGACGAGGUGGAGAGGGAGAUGGACGAGACCCCGGGAGCAGAGAUCAAAUUCUACAUUAUCUGUGCGCGCAAGCCUUCUCUUGUGCAUGCGUCUCUUCUGUAA